CGACCAUUGCGCUACCUCUUCCCGCUCUACUAAUCUGGCUAACUAAUCUGGCUAAGCAUGUUCCCGGGCGCCGCCCAGCUCGGCGAGGUGGUCGCCAUCGUGCAGGCCUUGCUCCACGCCAUCCUCGUCGAAGGCGUCACCGCGGCGUACGCUCGGCUGAUCAAGAGCGCGAAUUUGGCGAUUGACGACAUCCACGGCAAGCCGGACUGGCUCUCGAAGCUCAAGGUGGUUUGCGUGUACUACAUAAACGUCGGGAGCAUGGUGCCUGCGACGGCGCCGCUGCCGCUCGCCGAGGAGGCCUCGCCGCACGUGCCCGGCCUGAUGACGACAUGGCGCGAGGGCGCCAACAAGGCGGCCACCAGCCUGCAGCCGCUGGGCGGCGUCGUGGUGGGCACCAUCCGGAUGGGCUAUGGCCACCACCGCAUCGCUUACGCCACAACGUCGUGGGCGCUCGGCAUGGACAAGAAGACGUACUUCCACGACCUGCUCAACCUCGACUCGGAGGAGGCGUCCCUCAUCAAGACGAUGGACCACUUCUACUCGCAGAUCUCGCGCAUCCAGGCCGAGUUCCGCGCCAUCGAGCUCGUGUUUGGCUACCUCAUGGCCAACGGGGCGACGGCCAACCUCGCGCGCCAGUUCGCGGUCGUCUCGGCGCACUUCCGCACGCUCACGGCAGCCUUCCCGCGAGACACGCCGAUCAUCUCCUGCUUCCCGUAUGUCGGCCUCUCGGCCGUCGCCGCCGGCUUCACGCGCGUCAUCAACCUCGUGUUUGACAACCACGCGCAGGCAGCCCACUGCCACUGGAUCCCGAGGGAGCUCGUCGUCAACAUCAAGUCCGACUGCAAUGCACGCAAGGCCCGCGCCGCCGCGCGCAAGCCGACGCGUGUCCUCUGCUCGGUCGGCGGCGCGGGCGCGCAGAAGACAUUCGUGUGCGAGCUGAUCCGGGCGAUGGCGGAGCGCAUCGCGCGCGGCAGCGCGCAGCUGCUGCUCAACGCGGGCGACCACACCCACAAUGCACGACGCCUUUCCUAG